UCGCUCUCUAAACUUUCCCUUAAAUACUUGGCCUGAUCAUCGCAGAUGACGCCACCCACACAAACUCACAGGAGUGUGGGGAAUUUUCCCACAGCCAUACGAGCACAGGCUUUGGAAAAGGACACUCCAUACAGCAUUAAUAGACAGCAUUCAUUCAAUAAUUAUCAUAGUAUCUAAUGCAGGCUACCGACCCACAGGCCGACGAGCGAAGUAAAAGCUUUGUGCAACAUCUGGAGGAGAAGAGCUUGCGUGAGUUGCGUUAACUAUUGCUUACAGCUGCGAUCCCUCGAUCUGGGACUCUGAGUGAAUAUGCGCGCUGGCCGCUUCGUCUCGCUGUCGCUGUUGCUGCUGGUGUUGGUGUGGAGCGCGGAGGGACUGAAUGGGAUGAAGGUGAGGAGGAGAGCGUGGAGGACACGUCCGUGCGCUGGCCUGCCCGAGGAGCUUCUGGAGCAGAUGUUUGGGCGCAUGUCGGUGGGGGUCCUGAGCGCUUUCAGUCACACACUGCAGCUCGUCCCGGGUACUCAGAACCUGAGCUGCCCUUCAACGGCACGCCGGAGUCCUAACGGAGUCUCGCGCACUCCCGUCAAUCUCCUCAGCCUUUCUCCGUGGGCGUACAGGAUCAACCAUGACCCAGCGAGGUAUCCCCGGUCUCUCCCAGAGGCCUACUGUCUGUGUAGGGGUUGCCUGACUGGUCCGAACGGUGAAGAGAGUGAGCAGUUCCGCAGUGUGCCAGUCUACAUCCCCACAGCAGUUCUGAAGCGAACAGGCUCCUGUUUGGGGGGGCGACACUCCUACAUCGAGAGCUACGUGUCUGUGCCAGUGGGCUGCACCUGUGUGCCAGCACUGCAAGACACACACAGCCUCAGCAGUAAACAGAGCAAGGCCAAGAAACGGACAAACUGAAAUGACUAAACCAAUAAAGCCUGUGGUGCUUCUAGGCCAAACAUUUAAAGUAAUAUUUUGCAACUCCUAUCCUGGAAGCCCCUACAGUGUUUUCCCAACUCCAGACGCACAGGAUUCAGUCCAAGAACUAGAUCAUUAAGUGAAUGAUGUGGCUUUAAACUGUGCAGAGCAUGUGGUCUCCUGUGGGAUACCUUUGUUCAGUUGUGAUCUAAUCUAUUUUGACAUUCCUAGUAUUGUGCUGCUAAAGAAUUUAUAUAGUGUUUUAUCCUUGCAGGAUAAAGGUAGGCUCUU